AUGUCUGACACAGAGUCUAACAUAGAGCCUAAAACUGGCCCUAUUCUGUCAAAAGUAUGGGUUCUACUACUUCCGCCUGUUGCUGAAAAUUCUGAGGCAAAUUGGGCGAUUGCUAUUUCCGAUAUGGACAACCGUGAUUGGACGUGCUGGGAGAUGGUAAAAUCCAGAACGGGGGAGUUUCAGAGCAAAUUAAACGCCUCUGACAUGGCUCCGGCCACAGCUAAUAGCCAGGGCCCAAUAUUUUUGGGAGAGAUAGCACGUUUGGAUGCAUUGGAGAUGGGAUCUACAAUUGCUCUGGAGUUAACGGAGAGACCGAAGUGCUGGACCCGACGAGAAUUUGUUUCUGAGAUUUGGGAUACACUAUACCACGAUGGUGCCUUAAAUUGGGCAGAGCAUGAUAUCGGAAAGCAACAGUUAGCAGCUGUAUUUAGUGGGCAUAGUGGGAGAUCUUGA